AUGGCUGAAAUAACUGAAAACACCGCUACUUUACAAAAAUAUCUUUCUUUAGACCAAAGAGGUCGUAUUUUAGCUGAAUAUAUCUGGAUUGAUGGUUCAGGUUCAAUUCGUUCAAAAGGUAGAACUUUGAAAAAAGCUAUUACUUCUGUUGAUGAUUUACCAGAAUGGAACUUUGAUGGUUCUUCAACAAUGCAAGCGCCAGGUCAUGAUUCUGAUGUUUAUUUAAGACCAGUUGCUUAUUACCCAGAUCCUUUUAGAAGAGGUGAUAACGUUAUUGUUUUAGCUGAAUGUUGGAACAAUGAUGGUACCCCAAACAAAUUUAACCACAGACAUGAAUGUGAAAAAUUAAUGAAUGCUCAUAAAUCUGAAAAAGUUUGGUUUGGUCUUGAACAAGAAUAUACCUUAUUUGAUCAAUAUGAUAACGUUUAUGGAUGGCCAAAAGGUGGGUUCCCAGCUCCUCAAGGUCCUUACUACUGUGGUGUUGGUACCGGUAAAGUUUAUGCUCGUGAUGUUAUUGAAGCUCAUUACAGAGCUUGUCUUUACGCUGGUAUUGAAAUUUCAGGUAUUAACGCUGAAGUUAUGCCAUCUCAAUGGGAAUUCCAAGUUGGUCCAUGUACCGGUAUUGAAAUGGGUGAUCAAUUAUGGGUUGCUCGUUAUUUAUUACAUAGAGUUGCUGAAGAAUUUGGUGUUAAGAUUUCUUUCCAUCCAAAACCAUUGAAAGGUGAUUGGAAUGGUGCUGGUUGUCAUACCAAUGUUUCUACUGAAAAGAUGAGAUCUGCUGGUGGUAUUAAAUAUAUUGAUGAAGCUAUUGAAAAAUUAGCUAAACGUCAUAAAGAACAUAUUUUAUUAUAUGGUGCUGAUAAUGAUUUAAGAUUAACUGGUCGUCAUGAAACCGCUUCAGCUACAAGUUUCAGUGCCGGUGUUGCUAACAGAGGUGCUUCUAUUAGAAUCCCAAGAUCUGUUGCUAAAGAAGGUCAAGGUUAUUUCGAAGAUAGAAGACCAGCUUCAAACAUUGAUCCAUAUUUAGUUACUGGUAUUAUUGCUGAAACUAUAAUGGGUGAAAUUGCUGAUGCUGAUAUGUCUAAAGAAUUCCAAAGAGAAUCAUUAUAA